UUUUCAUUUCAAUGCCUUGGAGUCAUCUAUGGUCAAUUAAGUUCAACUCCUCUAUAUGUGUUUGGGACAGUUCAUCAAAAAGAGUUUGUAUCAGAUGAGACAGCUUAUGGCCUUUUUUCCUUUAUUUUCUGGACUAUGACCAUCAUUUCGUUGCUGAAAUAUGCCCUUUUAGUACUGAGAGCUGAUGAUGAUGGAGAAGGUGGUACUUUUGCUUUGUACUCAAUCUUAUGCAGGCAUGCCAAAGUGGGUUUGCUCCCAAGUGACACAAGUGCAAAGGAAGUUAUGCAGUAUGAGGAAGAAAGUCCUUUUAAGACCAAGGUGGAAUCCAGGGCAAGAAGAGCCAUUGCCAAACACAAAAGCAUCCAUUAUCUGAUGUUGUUCUUGGCUUUGUUCGGUGCCUGCAUAGCAAUUAGCAAUGGAGUUCUUACUCCUCUUUUUUGUUUGAGAGUCCUUAUCAUCUUGUCUUAUUAUUUCUAGCAGGAACAUGCUUUGAGCUCUUCAG